UUUUUCAGUCGUUCGCUCGCUUUCGUUUCGUUCGGUUUAUUCGUCGUGAUAAUUCGCUCAAAUAGUACAAAGUGUGUUGAAGAAAAAUAAAAACGGACAAGCCAGGGAGUAAUGAUUACUGAAUUUGUCCCGUAGCUAGAGAAUGUUAUUUUGGCUUUAUAGUGUCAAAUAUAGUGCAACACUUUUUCUCCCCGAUUUUCGUUUGCCGUGCCCGAUUGGAGGAGGCAGCGCAAUAGUUUUGCGCAGUUUCAUCACCGUUUUGUUUUGUAAAGCAAAAUAAGAAAAGGGGGAAUCCGGAAAGCGGAAGACGAUUGCAUCGUUGUCUGUCUAUACUAGUAUGGCCCAUGGUCUUUUGACGGUAUCGGAGGAGGGAGCCCCGGAGAACUUCCAAAUUUCGUUUACCAAUGACGACGAAGACUCAAACCUUAGCUCCAAUGCCGUCAAGUGUCCGCUGUGCUGCUACCUGAAGAGACACUUCCACUGCCGGGGUUGUAUCCGGAAUGGCGACUUCCGGCAUUCGUCCCAUCAUCUGAUGGAAAGGUUUUCCGAAAAGCAAAUCCGGUUCAGGAAUCUCAAAGCGGCCCUAGCGACUCAGGAGGGCAAAUGCGUUAAUCUGCUGGCCCAGCGACGUCUCUGCUGCCAGCUGAAGGCACAAAUCAAGCAGAAAUCCGAAAACAUAGCCAACAUCCGGCAACUGUUGGCUCAGAAAAAAGACAAUAUUACCCUAUCGCAAGCCAGGAAGAAAGAGUUGAACGAGCACAAUCGGAUGCUGCGUAUCAAGUUACCCCGCUGUGAUGAUAAGGUCAAGGUCCUAGAGGAUUACGUCCUCUCGAAGCAAGACGAAAGCGAAAGACGACGGCAGUGUCUCAAGGAAUUGCAAAGCAAACUGAAACAGGAACGCCGGGAGAACAUAGACAAACUAAUCAAGUACAUUUUCCCCAUCUCACAGGCCAUCAGCAAUCGGAGUAGUUUCUCCAGCAGCGAUGGUGAAAGCAAAAAUACUAUCAACGAAAUCUUAGAAGCUACCAGAACCGCCUACGUCAGGGGCAAAUGGGUACUGCAGGAUAGCUUCGGAGAGGUGCAGCACAUAAUAGUGGCACCAGCUCUGCCGGGCAACGGCAACUACUCGGCCUACAAUGACUGGGCCACGGUAAAUCCGGCAGCGGAUGCUAGCACGAAAACUUCGGACGACGCUGCCCGUAACGUGUCCAGUAAAAACCCGGCCCACACUAUUGCGGCCGCCUUGACCUACACAACUCAGCUAACGCAAAUUAUGUGUUUCUAUCUGGACAUCCGUUUACCGUACAAGGUAGUUUACAGUGAUUUCUGCACAACGGCUCUCUCGGAGGCCCAAUUCAAUCGGAAGGUAGCGCGGCUGAAUGCCAACAUUCUGUAUCUGUGCUACACACAGGGAUGCCGGCUGAAUGAUCUCCAACCGACGCAUACGCUAGAAAACGUAAUACGGCUGGUGGGACAAUCGUCCAGCCUGGCCGAUUUGGGUCGAUUCGGCCCAACCGAUAGGAACUUUUGCCUGAACGAGUCGGCCGAUUCGGCGCUGGCACCACAUCUGGGGGCGGGCGAGGAUUCCGAUUCGGAUGACGAAUCGAACCUGCAGCAGGAGUGGGAAGCGGUGCCCAGCAACCUGCCUCCGCCGAUCGAAGCGAACGCCAUGCUGCUGCUAGCCGAUGGCACAUCACAUCACAUGGCAACCCAGCCAUACGGUAAUACUCAUCACUACUAUCAACAACAAUAUCAUCACCCACCAGCAGCAGCAGCUCAUCAGGCGACAACGACGAGCCUGAUGACGAGUGCCGUUGCUUCCGUGACCUCCUUCUGGAAGGGCUGGACCGGGAAGUGAGAGGGGUGAUUAUUUGUUUAACAAUAUUGUGAUACUGUCCCAGUUUGUUGGAAGUGGGCAGAAACUACACGAUCAAGGUCCGAUUUUCCAAAGCCAGCAAAGUAAGGACAUGAGGUAAUUACUUUUUAGUUUACAUUUUUUGAUUGACACACUGGAACUGUUCAUGCACGGUACGCAUAGAUUUAUUUACCGAAUUUAGCUUCUAAUAAACUUUACUAAUUUGCAUUUGUAAA